AUGGCCAAGUUCGAGUGGUGCGCCUUGUGGGGACUCUGCCUCCUGCAGCUGAGCCUGGCGCAGAGGAUCCAUUUGAACGUAACCUGCCGAUACGCAGGCGUAUUCCAUGUGGAGAAAAACGGUCGCUACAGCAUCUCACGGACUGAGGCAGCUGACCUCUGCAAGGCUUUCAAUUCCACCCUGCCCACCAUGGCCCAGAUGGAGAAAGCCCUGAGCGUGGGGUUUGAGACCUGCAGGUACGGGUUCAUAGAAGGGCACGUGGUGAUCCCCCGCAUCCAACCCAACGCCAUCUGUGCCGCAAACAACACGGGAGUGUACAUCCUCACCUUCAACACCUCCCAGUACGACACGUACUGCUACAAUGCUUCAGCACCAGAGAAAGAAGAUUGUGAGUCAAUCACAAGCCUGACCAAUGCCUUUGAAGGAUCAAUAGCCAUAACUAUCGUAAACCGGGAUGGUACCCGCUACACCCAGAAGGGCGAAUACAGAACUAACCCUGAUGACAUCAAUAACAAUACCACAGCUGAGGAAGACUACAAUAGUGGAUCCUCCAGUGAAAGAAGCACUUCAGAGAGCUACAUCUUCCACACCCACUUUCCGACUGCUUAUCCCACCGAAGACCAAGAUAAUCCUCCAGUGUCCUACUUCCCGGAGGAGGAUACCCCCGACCCCAGUACGGAUUCAAAUAUCAUCUCAGCAGGCUGGGCGCCAACGGAAGAAAAUGAAGAUGAAAGAGACAAACACCCCAUUCAUUCUGGAACAGGCAUUGAUGAUGAUGAAGAUUUUAUCUCCAGCACCAUUUCAACCACACCACGGGUUUUUGACCACUCAACACAGAACCGGAAUUGGAGCCAGUGGAGCCCAGGCUUUUUAAAUCCAGAAGUAUCACUUCAGACUACCACAAGGAUGACUGUCACACCAGCCUCAGCUUAUGACACCCAUCCAAAUCAAAGAAUGACAACACCGAGUCAAGAGGACAGUUCCUGGACUUAUUUUUGGGACCCAAUCUCACAUCCAAUGGGACGAGGUCAUCAAACAGAAAGAAGAAUGGAUAUGGACUCCAGCCAUAGUACAACACUUCAGCCUUCUGAAGACUCAAACACAGGUUUGGUGGAAGACCUGGACAGGACAGGACCUCUUCCAGUGACAACUCAGCAGAGUCAUACUCAGAGCUUUUCUACAUCACAUGGAGGCUUGGAAGAAGAUAAAGACCAGUCAAUGAUGUCCACUCCAACAUCUAGCAAUAGGCAUGAUGGCGGAGGUGGAAAUCUUCCUGAAGACUCAGCUACUUCAGUGGAAGGUUAUACUUCUCAUUCCCCAGACACUAAGGAGCACACAACCCUCAUCCCAGUGACCCCUGCUAACACUGAGUCCCCUGGAGUUACUGAAGUUACUGUUGGAGAUUCUAAUGUUAAUGUUGAUGGUCACUUGCCAGAUGAACAAGACCCCAGCCGAAGGCACCCUACCACGAAAGGAUAUGACUCAACCGGACACAACAGAGAUAGUCAAGGAGGUGGGCCCAACACGACCUCGGGUCCUAUGAGGAAACCUCAAAUUCCAGAGUGGCUGAUCAUCUUGGCGUCCCUCCUGGCCCUGGCUUUGAUUCUCGCAGUUUGCAUCGCUGUCAACAGCCGAAGAAGGUGCGGGCAGAAGAAAAAGCUGGUGAUCAAUGGGAAUGGAGCUGUGGAGGACAGAAAGCCAAGUGGACUCAACGGGGAGGCCAGCAAGUCUCAGGAGAUGGUGCAUUUGGUGAACAAGGAGUCAUCGGAGACCCCAGACCAGUGUAUGACAGCUGACGAGACACGGAACCUACAGAACGUGGACAUGAAGAUUGGGGUGUAA